AUGAUUUCGAACUACACUUACAAUGCUGCCAACACCGGUAUCACUCAGUCAUACCCCGUUCUUCUUUUGGAGGGGAAGGGUGUGGGCGGGGACAACUUCGACGCGAUCAAGGCGCAGCUCCGCAGCUACCUCGAUGACUCCGGCUUCGAUCGCUGCUGGGCAAUCGGCGCGCGUGGCCAGAAGAUGAAGUUCUGGCGCUAUAUCCGCGACCGUUCGGAGGACAAGAUGCGCCCGCUGAGAAACACGGGAGAGAGAGUGGUCGAGGCGUCCACUGACUCGACUAACGAAUACAUUCUCGACAUCACAGACUUCAACCCCCCGGAUGCAGCCAAGGCCUACGUUCCGAUCCUCGAUUAUAUCAGGGACCAUCCUGAUGCCCCUGCCGGCCCGCUGUAA